AUGCCUUUGGAGCUAAGACAGGCCCUGGUGUAUGUGCCACCACUGGCAAAGGCAAAGGAUCCCCCACUCCCUGGAUCAGCUGCUGUCCCUCAAGGGGAAUUCUCCAGCCCUGAAGCUGCCCGGCAGCUUUUCAGAUGCUUUCAGUACCAGGUGUUGUCUGGGCCCCACGAGACCCUGAGGCAGCUUUGGAAGCUCUGUUUCCAGUGGCUUCAGCCAGAGCUUCACAGCAAAGAGCAGAUCCUGGAGCUCCUCAUGUUGGAGCAGUUCCUGACCAUCCUGCCUGCGGAGAUCCAGAUGUGGGUGCGUGCACAGCGUCCCAGUAGUGGAGAGGAGGCUGUGACUCUAGUGGAGAGCUUGAAGGGAGAACCCCAGAGACUAUGGCAGUGGAUCAGCAGCCAGGUUCUGGGACAGGAAAGUUCACCUGAGGAGAUGGAGUCUGCAAGCUGCCAAAUGACAGAGGCAGAGGCCAGUCUUAAAGUGGUGCCUCAGGAGCUGGGACUUCAGAAUUCAUCCUCAGGGCCUGAGGAGCAAUUGAGCCUCAUCAUCAAAGAGGAAGUGGACACUGAGUUGGAAUUAGUGAUGACUGCUCCCCACCUUCUUGCCACAUCUGAGGAAAGGCUCCUCAGUGACCAAGACUCAGGAGGUUCACUUCUCCAAGCAUCAUCUCAGGUGCAGUGGAGAUACUUGGAUUCUACUCAGAAGGAGCACUACUGGAACCUCAUGCUGGAAAACUAUGGGAAAAUGGUCUCAGGAGGCACAGCCAGUUCUAAACGGGACUCAGCUAAUUCAGCAAAGUAUGAAAAAGAGCCUGCAGGACUCCCCUUUCAUGCCACUGAGAAGAUCCCACCACUCACCUGCAUAACAGACAGAGAAGUGAAUGGCCAAGAGAAUAUAAAGUUGGAAACCUGCUGGGACCAGGAGCCUCCAGAAGCCCCUGGUCACAUCUCAGGAGAGGCUCCUCCUCAGGGUUCUUUGAGUGGCAUCUUUCAUGAGAAUGAACAAAUAGGCUUUGGAGAAGGAGGUGAUCUCUCUAAGGUACAGGGACAUCUCCAAGGUGAGGAGAGAGGGAACCAGCUCUCUCCUCAGGAAAUGGUUUCUGGGAAACAGCUAGACCAGCAUUUGCCUGAUUCUCACCCACAAGAUCUGUCUGGGCUUUUGGUCCAGAACCCCCCAAAAGACCAACUGAGACCUUCAGUGACCCAGAAACUUUUCACCUGCAGAGAGUGUGGGAAAACCUUCUGUAGAAAUUCUCAACUCUUGUUUCAUCAGAGAAAUCAUACAAGGAAGACAUCUUUUCAGUGCCCAACAUGUAAGAAAACCUUUCUUCAGAGUUCAAACUUUUUAAAGCAUCAGAAAAUCCACACAGGAGGGAAACCUUGCAAGUGUGAUCACUGUGGGAAAAGCUUCAGGCUCCUUUCUAGAUUGCUCAACCAAGAGAAAAUCCACACAGAAGAGAAACCCUGUAAAUGUACUGUCUGUGAAAAGAGUUUCAAUCACAGGUCCAACUUUAAUAAACACCAGCAAGUCCACACAGGAGAGAAGCCCUAUAAAUGUUCUUUCUGUGAAAAGAGUUUCACCAAGAAGUCCUCCUUAAUUAUACACCAGCGGGUCCACACAGGAGAAAAACCCUAUAAAUGUUUUCUCUGUGAUAGAAGUUUCAAUUGCAAGUCCAGCUUUACUAGACACCAGCAGAUCCACACAGGAGAGAAACCCCAUAAAUGUUCUUUCUGUCAAAAAAGUUUCAACAAGAGGUCUGACUUAAAUAUACACCAGCGGGUCCACACAGGAGAGAAACUCUAUAAAUGUUCUCUCUGUGAAAGAAGUUUUAAUCGCAGGUCCAACUUUAAUAGACACCAGCAGGUCCACACAGGAGAGAGACCCUAUAAAUGUUCUUUCUGUGAAAAGAGUUUCAGCAAGAAGUCUGACUUAAAUAAACACCUGCCGGUCCACAAAGGAGAGAAACCCUAUAAUUGUUCUUUCUGUGAAAAGAGUUUCAGCAAGAGGUCUGACUUAAAUAUACACCAGCGGGUCCACUCAGUAGAGAAACCCUAUAAUUGUUCUUUCUGUGAAAAGAGUUUCAGCAAGAGGUCUUUCUUAAAUAUACACCAGCGACUCCACACAGGAGAGAAACUCUAUAAAUGUUCUCUCUGUGAUAAGAGUUUCAAUCGCAGGUCCAACUUUAAUAGACACCAGCGGCUCCACACAGGAGAGAUACCCUACAAAUAUCCUCUCUGUGAAAAGAGUUCCAAUCAUAGGUCCAACUUUGAAAAGCACCAACAGGUUCACACAG